AACACGGCAUAGUGCCACGUCCACAAAAAGCGGGGCAUGGUGUUGAACGCUGCAGCGGCGGCAAUUUGUUUUGGAGGAGAAGAAAGACGAGGAACGGGCGGGGGUCCCCGCUGAAAUGGCCGCCUCUGCGGCUGGCGCCAGCUCCCAGUCGGGCGCCAGCGCGUCGAGCAUGUCCACCCUGUCGCUGUCUGACCGGUGCCGACGCAACAUCGAGAGUGAGUCCGAGUACGAGUCGUCCGAGUCCACAGCCGACGACUGGGUGCGCGCCAACGACGGCAACGUGCCGCGGAACGCGCUCGUGGCAGGCCAGAACCUGAACGGGGAGAACUUCUACGUGGGCCGCGUCAUGCUUCGGGGAAACGUGCUGCCGGGCAAAGUCCUUCCCUCGGCCAAGGUGUGCUUCGUCUCGCUCGACCAGAUCGAGUUCUCGUCCAACGUGUACGAGGUGCUCGUCAAGGCGCCGUCGGUCAACUACCAAUGGAUUCGCAUGGGCGGCUGUGUGAUGCCGCGCAACGCAAUACCGGCUGGGCGCAGCGCGACGGGCGAGCUCAUCUACAUCGGCCGGCACGUGCACAAGGGCGAGCUGACGCCGGGCAAGGUGAUACCGUCGCAGCGUUGCAUAUACAUACCGUACCUGGGCAAGGAGAUACGCUACCGCGACUUCGAGAUCCUUAUCCAGGGCGAGUACCCUUACUUCGAGCGGGCCAAGGGCAAGAGCAAGGACAAGGAAGCGCAGCAGCAACUGCUCGACGGGCCGAACCCGAGCGGCAGCAGAGACAAUUCAUUGGCCACCACGCCGCCCUAAGCGUCAGCACAGGGACUGGAACCCACCACGCUUCAUCUCAUUGCCGCCGCGAGUUGUUUUCCCGAGCGCCUAGAUAACUACGAGCAUGUACGUGCUGACAUUAAAGCACCCAUUGAGUUAGGUUAAUGUUCUCAGCUAAGCUGCGCAGUGACUGAUGCCCGCGCCCUUGGACGUGGCCUCAACUGCUUCUGACGAUAAACGACGAGAAGACAACACGUGUCUCACAGUCUGUUGCCAUUUGCGCCGUAAUUAAGAGCAUGAAAUAGUGAACCUUAAGCUACGUGAAACCCUGCAAUGGUAUUUCUGUAAAGCUCGUCCAGCUGGAACUACAAGAAACCUUGCGUUGGCCAUGCGCAUUGGCAGACACUUACUGCUGAACAAAAAUGCUGAUGCAAACUGUUUUUUGCCGAGUGUUGCUUGACCAAUUGAUGUAUUACCGCUUCACUGCGCUUUUAUUGGUGUUUGGCUAAUGAAAUCGCUUUUAUUGCUGUUUUAGGCAUUUGCAGCACAACGGCUUUUAUUUGCAUUCAUUGGUUUGCUGGUUCAACACUGACGCCGUGAGACGGUUGGAGCUGUACGGUGCAGUUAGUGUUGCAAGUGUUGCCCGGUUUUCAUGAACCACAGUCGCUUUCUUUUUGCAAUCAUUAUGGAAAAGCUGAUUAUGCGAACUUAUGCUGCCGUAAGUGUAGCCAGCAACAGAAAGUCAUUGGAUAUCAUAUACGGCUGCACUUUCUAAAGAACCCUACGCUUCUGAAGCGUAUCCUCAGCGACCCAUACUUCAGGACCACUUGGUCCAUAUUGAAACGAAUGCAGGUGUACCGACAUCUUUCAGCGCCACAGGCAAGUCCAAAAUAGAAAUAUAUUUGUUCUCUCAAUGA